ACAACACUCAGCCACCACUUUCCCUAAAUAAUACUAAAUAAUAGUUUUUUUUUAAUUAAUCUACACAACAGGUUCAAAGCUUUUAUUGUUCAGCAUCAAGCCCAUCAUUUGUUGUCAACAUCAGACAUAGAACCUCGAAUAGAUGUUAGCCUUCUGUUAGCCCACAAAUAUAAUGAAAAACGUCAUAAUCCUGUUGGUUGGUGGAUGAGUGAGAAGCUAGAUGGAGUUAGAGCUUUCUGGAAUGGAAGAUGUUUUUAUUCAAGACUAGGCAAUGCACUUUAUGCUCCAGAAUUCUUUACUAAAGAUCUACCAAAAGACAUGCAUUUAGAUGGUGAGCUCUUUGGUGGGCGGGGACAGUUUCAGUCUACUAUCAGCAUAGUCAAGACACCACAAAGUCCAAAAUGGAAUGACAUUAAAUAUUGUGUCUUUGAUUCCCCUAGUAUGGGCAAAGAAGUGUUUGAAACAAGAAUGCAACGGAUAAAAGAGUAUUUUGAAAAUGUCAAUCCAUCACAUGCAGUGUUUGUUGAGCAGACAAAAUGUAGAAGUAAAGAACAUUUAGAGGAAGAAAUGGUCAGACUUCUAAACAUUGGGGCCGAAGGAAUCAUGCUCCGAAAGCCUAAUUCAAUUUAUAGACCUUGUAGAUCAAUAACUUUACUUAAAUAUAAGAAAUUCUAUUAUGCUGAGGCUGUUGUGAUAAAACACGUCAAAUCUAAUCGUUACACCUGUCGCGCUUUGAAAUGUCGUAUGGCUUGUGGGAUACAAUUCUACUUGGGACUCACCUACAAUUACUUACAUAGCAAGUUCAUGAGGCAUCCCCCAAAGAUUGGAACGAUAAUCACUUACAAGUUCCAAGAGCUUUUUGUAAGUGGUUGCCCCAGAUUCGCAACAUUUGUGGGUGUAUGCAAAGACAAAACUAAGCCUAGAGAUGCUCAAAUUAGACAAGUCCUGAAUGAAGAGGAAGUCUAAACCCCUGAACACUUUACUUGGUUUUCUUUCACUUUAUUAUGUCUAGAUCUAUAUA